UAGUUCUAUAAUUAUCCUGUUUGCUGUGCUCAUGCCAAGACUCAAAACUUAUUUUACUUAACAACAGGGGUUGAUCCUCCUGUUUACUGAGUUUAAUGCAUGCCAAACUAGUCUUUGAGCUUUGAAUUAAAGUCAGAAACUGAACCCAAAAUUCAAAUUCUAAAAUGGUAUUAUGGUAGAGAGGGAAAGCUAAAAAAUUGGAUUAGCUUUUUCAUACCAAAUGUUUUCCAACUCGAUUUGGUGGCUUUGUUUUGCGGUGUGUUUAUUUUAGGAGUAUGGAUAUGCUUACUUUUAUUGAUCAUACUCUGAAUUUUGCUGGUUUUGGUCUGCAAAUAUCAUAUGAUCUUCCCAACUCUGUAAUGGUUCUCAUAUUUCUGAUUUUUCUUUGCUUAUAGUGAUGGUUAUCGGAUUGGAUAAGUUCGCCCAGUUGAUGAUGGAAUGAGAUAAAGGGUAAAGAAUAUUUUGGGACAUCUGUGGCUCAUGGGUUUUUGAUAUUUCAGGAUUUUAUCUCCUAAAUUCUUCAAUUUAAACAGAAUAUAUAGAUUGUGCUAUUUUGGAGAUUCCCUGUAUGCUGCCAUGCAAAAGCAGAAUAUUCUAUAUUCCAAGGCCUCUUUCGGCUUUGGAACCAGCCUUGAUAGGCAAUUUGGUUCUAGAAUUCUUUAUGUAAUUCCAACCAUGAAUCUUUGUAGAUGUAAUGUGAAAUCGUUUCUUGUACCACCCAAAAUUCUGCCCAUCACCAGGACUGCAGGGUUGGAUUUUCUGAAAAACGGCGAAGCUUUGCAACCUGGAAGAAUCAAAGGUGUAGCUUAUGGAAAUCCUGGGGAAUUAUCUGAUGAAGACGAAGAUCUGUGUCCUGUGGAUUGUGUUAGAGAAUUUAAGAGUGAUGAGGAAUUCUUCAAAAUUCUUGAAAAUGCCAAAGAAACUUGUUCAUUAGUGGUGGUUGAUUUUUAUCGCCCUUCUUGUGGAAGCUGCAAGUAUAUAGAGCAGGGAUUUGCAAAAUUAUGCAAGGGAGCUGGUGAUGAAGAGGCUGCAGUGGUUUUCUUAAAGCAUAAUGUAAUUGAUGAGUAUGAUGAACAAUCUGAGGUUGCCGAACGGCUUAGAAUAAAGACGGUGCCCCUCUUCCAUUUCUAUAAAAAUGGAGUCCUGUUGGAAGCAUUCCCUACCAGAGACAAGGAGAGAAUUAUUGCAGCAAUUCUUAAAUACACAUCUCCUGCAUCUAAAUCCCACAUGAAUUAAUCAGGUUAUGUUCUCAAAAUUUGUUCCUGCAGGAAAAUAAUAAAAAUACUUGGAAUGAAAGUACAUGUGGUUGACUACUACAGAAUAGUCGUAUGUAAUAAAUACUGGGUAUACCUAAAAGAUACUGUCUUUUGAGUGUGAAAAGUAAAAUUACGUGUCUUCAUACUUGCAUUCAUUAGCUAUUGGAUUAAUACCAUCUCAUGCUAGUUUAUUGUCCACUGUACAUGGGGUUAUUCUAUGUUGAUGUGAAGAUGAUCCAAUGAAGAUGUAGAUGAUCAUUUGAAGCACAAUUAGAUAUGAAACCAAUAGUUGAUUCGGCCAUUGUAGUAGAAGUUGCAUCUGUUCCAAGGAAGUAGGACAAGAGUAAUUUGACUCUGGCAGGAUGCCAGCAAAGAAAUGGUUAUAUUGAGCUCAUAUCUUGUUAUGUUCCUUUGUAUACUGCAUAGUGCUGUUAGUAUAUGUUUCUUGUUGACA